AUGCCGUCCCACCCCUCCAGCCAAAGCCGGAGCGACUAUGCUUACCCUACUCCGCCGAAUUCUGCUAGAUCUGAAGAGCGCGAUUACCCCACCCAACCAGGUGCAAACGUCCCAGGCGCAGGGGCUGGCUCGCGCCGACAUGUAUGCGCUGAAUGUGGACAAGCGUUCGACAGGCCAAGUAGCCUUCAGACUCACAUGAACACACACACCGGAGAGCAACCUUUCCAAUGCCCAUAUGAAGGAUGCGGGCGUAGAUUCUCCGUCAAGAGUAAUAUGCGCCGCCACCUUAGCGUACACGAACAACCACGCAUGACAGAUGCCGAUGCCGAAGAUGGUCGCUCCCAUCAUACGAACAACAGCUGCGAAUAUGGAGUCUUCUCUGUCGCUCAGCACGCGAGGCGUUAA